GUCCCGUCAUCUGCCGGCUUGGCCUUCCGAGCUGAGCGGGGAGCGAGAGGCCGCGACCACCACCACUACCGCCGGCCUUCGGGAUGUUCAGCUGGUUGGGGAAGCAGGGCGGGCGGCAGCGGAACGGGGAGACCGAGGACGUGGUGCAGACGGUGACGGGCGGCCUGAAGGAGCUUUAUGCUAAGAAGCUGCUGCCGCUGGAGGAGCAUUACCGCUUCCAUGAGUUCCACUCGCCCGCCCUGGAGAGCGCCGACUUUGAGAACAAGCCCAUGGUGCUCCUCGUGGGCCAAUACAGCACGGGCAAGACCACUUUCAUCAGGUAUCUGUUAGAGCAGGAUUUUCCAGGAAUGAGGAUUGGUCCAGAGCCAACUACAGAUUCUUUCAUUGCGGUGAUGUAUGGAGAAACUGAAGGGAGCACUCCUGGAAAUGCCCUUGUAGUGGACCCAAAGAAGCCAUUCCGCAAACUCAGUCGUUUUGGCAAUGCAUUCUUGAAUAGGUUCAUGUGUGCUCAAUUACCUAAUCAGGUUCUGAAGAGUAUCAGCAUCAUAGACAGCCCUGGCAUCCUUUCAGGAGAAAAACAACGUAUCAGUAGAGGUUAUGACUUCUGUCAGGUUCUGCAGUGGUUUGCGGAAAGGGUGGAUCGUAUUAUCUUAUUAUUUGAUGCUCAUAAACUUGAUAUUUCUGAUGAGUUCUCAGAAGCGAUCAAAUCAUUCCGGGGCCAGGAUGACAAGAUCCGGGUGGUAUUGAACAAGGCUGACCAAGUGGACACCCAGCAGUUAAUGAGAGUUUAUGGCGCCCUCAUGUGGUCCUUAGGAAAAGUGAUUAACACUCCAGAGGUAUUGCGGGUCUAUAUUGGCUCUUUCUGGGCUCAGCCCCUGCAAAAUACUGAAAACAGAAAGCUGUUUGAAGUAGAGGCACAAGAUCUGUUCCGGGACAUUCAGAGCCUACCUCAAAAGGCAACUGUGAGGAAACUCAAUGAUCUUAUCAAGAGGUCACGACUUGCAAAGGUACAUGCUUAUAUCAUUAGCCACCUAAAGAAGGAAAUGCCUGCUGUAUUUGGGAAAGAAAAUAAGAAGAGAGAACUGAUCAACAAACUUCCUGAGAUUUACCGACAGUUGCAACAGGAAUAUCAGAUCUCCCCAGGGGACUUCCCAGAAGUCAAGAAAAUGCAGGAACAAUUGGAGGCAUAUGACUUCACCAAAUUCCACUCUCUGAAACCAAAGCUGAUCGAAGGUGUAGAUAACAUGUUGGCCAGUAAAGUUGCUUCCCUAAUGAAUCUGAUUACUCAGGAAGAACGUAGCAUGCCUACAGAGAUGGUUCAUGGUGGGGCAUUUGAUGGCACCACAGCAGGACCGUUUGACCAUGGCUAUGGCGAAGGUGCCAAGGAAGGAGCUGAUGAGGAGGAAUGGAUUGUUGCCAGAGAUAAACCUGCAUAUGAUGAGAUUUUUUACACUCUCUCUCCAAUCAAUGGCAGAAUCUCUGGGGUGAAUGCGAAGAAGGAAAUGUUGACCUCCAAACUGCCAAACAGUGUCCUGGGGAAAAUCUGGAAGCUUGCAGACUGUGAUUGCGAUGGCAUGUUGGAUGAGGAAGAAUUUGCAUUAGCAAAACAUCUCAUCAAGAUCAAAUUGGAGGGAUAUGAACUCCCCAGUAUCUUACCCACACAUCUGGUGCCUCCAUCGCAUAGAAAAUCUUUGUAGGUGUAGCAAAAAAACAUGAAAAUGUUAAAGAGAGAUGAAAGCCAUGUAAAUGAUUAACACAUUUGAGAUUACAAUUAUUGGCAAGCCUUUUUAGGUCCACCUCAAACUAAUGCAAAAAUCACUAUUUGUCAGAAAAAAAAACAUGAAAAUCAUACUGUAUAGUGCAUAUUGGGAAGCAACAGUUUCAGCUGUACCUUUCCAUUGUUUGUUCAACAAGUAUACAUUAGGCAAAAUAAACACUUAAAUUCAUGUAUAGUAGUCAUAAUAGUUUUACAUUUUAUGAUAUGGAAGACCUUUCUUACACUUGAAGUAACUCCAAAUUAGAUGGAACUUUCUAAACAAAUUACAGCCAGCAAGCGUAGCAUAGGGUAAACCUGUGUGUCUGCAGUUCAGAAAUCCCUUCUCUACAAAGUUUUGUCACAAGUGCCUUUUAAAUGACCUAUAUAUAGGGCAAGAAAUGUUGUGUAUACCAUCUUCCAUUGUGUUUACAAUCAAAAUGCUGAGAUCAGUUUCAAUAGAAGUGACAUAUUUUUAGUUAUGCCAAAAAAACCCAAACCAUACCCACCUUCAAUAAUGCAUUGCAAGGACUCCAUUCUUUAAACAAAGAAAAAUUAAAAACCCGCUUUGGGAAGAUAAUAGCUUUUUCACAAAUUAUAACAUAUGCCUUCAUGAAAUAACAGAAUCUACUAAUAUUUGUGAAAGUGCAUCAGAACUAACAAAGAUGUAUUUUAAGUGUGGCUUUACUAUUUUGGGCAGAAGUUAAAAGCACGUUGGGGACUAAAAGUUCUUUUAAAAUUACUCAUUUUUGAUACUUGUUUUGGGAAGAAAGGAAAGGGAAAGUUUAAUGGGAAAGGUAAUUUGUACAAAUCAGGAAAUCGGUGUAUGAUUUUAAUUAAUAUAUUUAUAUUAAAAUUUAAAAUGUAUCUUCUCUAGCUACCGCAGAGAUUAUCUCUUUUGCCUUCCAGAGGGAACACCACUAGAUCCAUCUAACCUGUUUCCAGCAGCAGUUAGCUAGAUGGUUCUAGGUCAUAAGGGCAGCAGCCCUACCAAUGCUUCUGAUAAAGAGAUACUGUCUCUGGACUCAAAGGAUUCAUUUACCUGAUAAUGGAUCUCUCUUGCGUGAAUUUGUCUGGUUCCCUUUUAAAGUCAUCUAAGGCUGUAGCCACCAUAUUUUAUGUUGGUGAAUUGCAUAGGUUAAUUUUAUGUUGUGUAAUAAAGUACUUUUUAAAAAAAUACUGUGAAGCAGUGGUAGCAGCUGCAAAAAAGUAAUAGCUUUUUCAGAUGUGCUGACCAUGCAGAUACUGAAGAGUCUGUAUGCAAAAGCAUCCAGUUGGUGACUUUAAUUCCAAAGAAGUAUUGCUUUGCUAACAAGGUAACUACAUAUUUGAUGGAGCUAUCAUGUGGAUAUGUAUUUUGUCAAUAAAGGGAGUGUUAACUGAAACUAGUGGAUAGCUUUUUGUACUGGUAAAACUGGUUUGCAGUUUAUUCUUAAGAUGCACAGCAGGUUUUUGUUUCAGCUUCAAGCCAUUAGUACAUUCCUUUUGGUUCUUUCAUUUAUGAGUAACUGCAGCCCAAACUACCCGUAGUUUGUUAGAGCUCAAAAGCUAAGCAGGGUCACCCAUGAUUGGAAGGGAGACCACCAAGAAAAUCCAGGGCUGAUGUGCAGAGGAAGGUAAUGGCAACCCACCUUUCCUCAUCUCUUGCCUUAAAAACCUCACGAGGGGUCACUGUAAGUCACUUGCAACUUGAUAGCACUUAAGUAUUGCCCUGACCUUGCUAGGCUAAUCUCAUCAGAGCUUGGAAACUAAGCAGGUUCAGCUCUAAUUGGUACUUGAUGGGAGACCACCAAAGAAGUCCAAUGUUGCUACACAGAAGCAGACAAUGGCAAACAAUCUCUGUUUGCUCUUGCCUUAAAAAAAUCUAUGGGAUUGCCAUAAAUUGGCUGCAACUUGACAGCACUUUACACACACAUAAAAUGUUGCAAAAAAUGCUGAGGCCUUAUGGCCUAAGUAUAGUGCAAAAAGUUAAGAUUGAGCAGAUCAGUUAACCUGUGGAAUGUAGGGACCAUUCUUACAUAGAGAGCACAAAAUGUCAGCCCUUCUGCAUCACCAAGCAUCUAUUCUUGGAUGCGUUUCAUUUUCAACUACUAUCUCAGUCUGAUCCCUGAGACUUAUAGUAUUCAAGGAAGACUUACUCAAGAAUCUCCACUCUUCCCAGUUUGUGCCAAUCUAGGGUUUUUAUUAAGUACAAUGGUGAAUUUUAUUCCCAAAUCAGCUCACAGGCAUAGCUGCAUGGCAACUAAGAAACAGGGACUGAAGCAUCAUUUCGUAAUUUGGUUCACUGAGAAAUCAAAAGAUUAUUUAGCCUUAACCCUAAUCUUGUUACCAAGCUGUAUAUGCUUGCUUACCACUUAUACACAAAUUCUUCAGUCUGGGUAAAAGCUUGGAUCUAGAGUAGACUUUCCAUGAGCACAAAGAUUUCCACCUGCAGUGGGUGAUUUUCCUGCCUCCAGUGGCAGCCUGAAAUGCCCCUGAAAUCAUGGACCUGGGGGAGAGAGGAUUCCCACUAACAGGAUUUCAGGGGGCAUUUGGGGCUGCUGCAGGAGGGCAGAAGUGGGAAAAUCACUCACCUUGGGCAGAAAUCUUUGUGCAGAAAUGUUACUUUGGAUCUAACCCAAACAGUGCAAAUUAGGUCAAAUUAGGUUUGGUGAUUGAAGGGGGCGGUGCCAUGUCGGCCUCCCACCUUUGGGAUGGGGAAGGUUCUCCCCACCACUGCACCUUGAUAAUUUGUUUUAUUAUUUGUAUAUUGAUUUUAGUUUUUGUUUUUAUCGAUUUUAAUUGUUCACCGCCCAGAGCCCCUGGGGAUGGACGGUAUAUAAAUUGAAUAAAUAAAAUAAAUAAAUAAAUAAAUAUUAUUCACUGUUUAAGAUCUUAAAUAACUUGACAGGGAGGGAACACACAGAUGGUGACAGGACAAGGAAAAGACUGCAGAUGAGAGAAUGAUUAACUGUUGGUAAAGUAUGUGAGAGUCAGAAAAUGCUUGACUAUGAGAAGAAGUUUUCCAGUCCCUCUCACCCAUCUUAAGAUUCAAGCAGGCAGUGUCCAUUUAUACUUCAAGACAGUUCAUGAGGACAUGAAACUUACCUUUUCCCAGAAUGAAUUAAAUUCAUGCGAAAUUACAUCACAAAGUACUAAAUUCUGUCUGAGAAAUCACAUACAAAUACAUAAAUCAUUCAUUUUAGUUGAUCCUCAUUCUUUAAAGAACUGCAUACUUGUUACACAUGGAGUCAUUUUCCAUUGUUAAAUUUUACUAAAAGAAGUUCUAAGUUUUUCUCUUGCAAUCUCCUGUUAUUUCUAUGUCUCCACAACAAAUCUACUGUCCUGAUUUUUUUUUAUUCUGUAGAUUUCAGAAUUUUGUUUGAACUGAAAUUUACUUUUUCUUUCAACUUCUCAUAGACCUUCCUGGAGACAAUUAGGAGGAAACUGAGUUGUCAGUUACAAGUGUUUGCAGUUUUGACUCAUGAUUCAGCUGUACUCUGCUGCCAUGCAGGCUGCACCUAUAGCAUUUUCAGCUGAUGUCAUUGUUAUGAUUUCACAGGUGAGGAACUAAGACAGCAAAUAUUCUAAGAUUUCAGGAUGGAAGUAGAGGGAAAAGCCUACAUGAGUGACUUCCAUGUUUCCUGUGUCUCAUGGGGUUAUUUGCACAUCAGAUGUGCAAGCUGUAUUGAAGUGAGGGAAUGUGCGUACACACAUUUUCCCCAAAGAGGUAGUGUGCUUCUCAUAUUGGCAAUAAAAUUACAGUUAUGUAAUUCUGCAAAAUGCUGGAUUUCCUUAUAUUGGACAAAGUGACUUCCUUUGGACCCUCAAUUUUUUUGGAAUACCAAACUGACAGAAUUUAAAAAUACAUUUUUUAGAUCUAAGGGGACAAGGAAAGGCACUUCCAUCAUACAAGAGAAGAUUGUUUCUCUGAUUUCUGCUCCUACACCACAUUAAACAUCAUUCUGGAGGCUCCCUAGAUCCUCCAAAGCAGGUUUUUUGGCAGAUUCAGGAGGCUGUAGAAAGAAGAGAGCAAUAAUGACCUGUUUAAUUAAUGGGAUUCCCGUCUUUCUAACCAGCAGAGCCUGUAAGAAGUUGAAAGUAAACUUCCUGUACGUGUAUUUGGUUCUGCAGACAGACAAUUGUGGUGUUUCCACAAUGCAGGAAUGCUGCAAAGGGAACAUCCAGUUCACCUACUACAACUUAAAUUACAUGUUCCAGACUUUAGGAGAUAAUGUGACCUAGAAUCUUGGUUAUUACUAAAUCUGAAUUUUCAAAAGGAGUCAUCUUUAAAUGUGUUACAUCAGAAAAUCAUACGCUUAUUUCAAAACUAAUAUUUGCCAUUAUAAUAAAAAAAUUUGACUAAUGACAUUUUGAAUAUAUUUUUAAUUCCUCUGUGUCUUCUAGUGUAAUGCUUCUAUAUAGCCUAAAGAAUGUGAAUCUCUUAAUCAACUGUUUAAUCACAGCUUCUAUCAUUAGCAUAACCUCUUUUUGCACUUUGUUUUUCUAAAUACAGUCGAAGCUUUAUCUAGCACUUGACUAAUCCAGAAUGCUCAGUUAACUGGCAUUGCCAAAGCUCUUCCCCCCUCUGCACCAUACCCCCGGCAUCUUCAGGCCCACCCCCACUUCUCAAGCCAGGCAGCUUGAUGCCUCGAGCCCUUGCUAGGCUUCUGACAGCACUGUGAACUUACAUCAUCCUCAGAUGCUUCUUUUACCUUCAACCUGCCUUGAUCUGUCGGCAACCAGCUCUGCCAGAGGGCUCCUGGGGCAGUUUGCUUGCUUGUCUGUGUGCUGUGUCGGACAGCUCCAUGGCUCAGGGAGAAAGGUCUAACUAGGCAUACAGUCAACUAAAGUAUAUAUAUGGGAACGGAACUAAAAAGGAUCUGGAAGAUUCCCCCUAACAAAGCUGCACGUAAUUCACGUAGGGGUUGUAUAAUUAUUUAAGAUUCCUUUCCUUUGCACCAAUUGUCUCUUCAUUUUGCCUUGGUGUGGCCCCCCUUCUUCAUAUUUGAUUAACUGGCAAACCCCAGUCCUCACGAGUGCUGGAUAACAAAACUUUUACUGUAGUUUGCCAAUAGAUGUUAUCAUUGAUAAAUAUUUCAGGAAUACUUUGAAGAUAAUACUUCAUAUAUUUUUGUGAUAGCUCAGAUAAACUAUUGAUGCCUAUUUUAAUCUUUCAAAAGGUUAAAUUUAUUAGUGUUGCACUUGUUAUAAAUAUUGUAAUAUAGUUUUGCAUACAUGCUUUAAAAUCUUCAGAAAUAAAUUAUGUCAACAUUCUGUUCAAUAAAUAUCAAUGCAUAUUCA